CCAAAGUAGUACAAAGCAUAGGUAGGUAGGUAGGUAGGUAUGUAGGUAGGUCCCUCUCACAUGCAUGUACCUAAUUGCUAAGAUAUAGAAACUGCUUUACACCUUAAUCCGGCUUAUUGUGAUGCGAGAUACCAGCCCGAUUCACUUACAGGGGUACUAGAAGGCUGAAUUCGUGAUAGUGGCAUAACCAGGCGGUGCCUGACGUUCUAGAUCCCGAUAGAUUCACCGGAAAGCAGCAUACAAACCGGGGCAUCCCCUAUCCGGUUUUUUUUUGUUGGGUCCGAACCCAUAAUUCGUUAUCUAGAUCACACUUCCGUCAGCCUAAACUUAAUAGUCGUAAUGACUUCUCGGACAGAGAAACGGUGACAACGACAGUUCCCCAAAAUGUCGCCGCCUCAACGCUCGCCUUCUCCCGAGUUCUCGCCCCUGGCUAUUGGCGAGGACCUCUCGCCGCUCCCGGCGUACAAGGCUGCCGGCACCACCGUGACCGACUUUGCGGGACUCCUCGCCGAGCCCUUGCGGCUGCACGAAGACCUGGCCUCCGGCUGCGGUGGACAGACUUGGCCCGCGGGCAUGGUGCUCGCCAAACACAUGCUCCGGUACCACCGGGACGACAUGCGGGACUCGCGGAUAUUAGAACUCGGAGCCGGAGGUGGAUUGGUGGGCUUGGCGGUUGCUAAGGGGUGCGCGGUUGGGAACCCGCUCUACAUCACGGAUCAGUUGGAGAUGCACUCCUUGAUGGAGCACAACAUCAGCUUGAACGGGCUCGAGGGCCAAGCUAAAGCUGCCAUUCUAAACUGGGGUGAGCCUCUCCCACAGGAUAUCGCCGUCUUUAAGCCAGACGUGAUCCUCGCGGCUGACUGCGUCUACUUCGAACCUGCCUUCCCGCUGCUCCUAGCCACGUUGUCAGAUCUUCUGAAAUUGUGUCCCUCAGCCACCAUUUACUUCUGCUUCAAGAAGAGGAGACGUGCCGACAUGCAGUUCCUCAAGAAAGCGCAGAAGCUAUUCAGGGUAACCGAAGUCCCGGAUGAGGAUCGUCCCGUCUUUAGCAGAGAGGGGCUCUUCCUCUACACUUUCCAGGCUGCGUAAGGGAGAUGUGCUCUCGGAUCCGAUUGCCCUUCUCAUCAUCAAUGAGUUCGGGUAUUUUCGGCAUAUCCCAGUUUUACAUCUAGAUUUUUCUGCAAGUGGCUGACCGUCAGCAUAAAUCAAGUCUUGUUUGCUGCCGUGGAAGAUAGUGUUACGUCUAUCACGCCAGUUCUUAGGCUGAGUCAAGACGGGAACUGGCAGACGUGUAACCCUUUUAAUAGAGACGUCAAUGUUAGAGUGAAAAGCGUAUCAACCAAUUACUAUCACCCGAGCUCUAACUUACUCCAAAUUCAUAGAUUAUCACUGGAACACUUAUACAAGUCUGGCA